UAAAAUGUCUAAAAAGGCAUCACUAGUGAAACCAAUUCUUCCGAGGAAAUGCAACUAAAAACAAAACCAAACUACUGCUCGCUCAGUUAAUUUAAUACCAUAAUACACGCAAACUUACAAAAUUAGCCAAUGGCGAUUGUGUCGUCGGCCCGCGAGUCGCUCUCCCACGCGAUGAACAACCGCUUCUUGCCCAACCUGGAGUACUUGCUGCAGGGAUCUAUCCUGGACUCCGCCGUGGAACACUUAAUGCACAGACUAAAGGGACUCUGCGACAAUGUGGACACCUCGCCGGAGCCGUUUCACGACCUGGAAGUGUGUAUGAGCCUCCGCCAGCCCAAUGCCAACCAGCCGCUGCUUCUUCGCGUGCGUCGAGCCCUUGGUCGCGAUGCCCCCUUUCAGAUGCGCUACCUAGGAAACCCCGAGGUGGAUCAGCGCCGGCCCACAUUGGUACGCAGCUGCAUGGACUGCGCCUGCACCAAUGGCAUCUUGGAAUUCCUCACGGAAAUGGGUUUCCGCCUGGAGUUCGAGUACAUAGCAAAGGGCUAUAUGUUUCGCAAGGGGCGCAUGAAAAUUACCGUCUCCAAGCUCAUUAAGAUUGUGCCCGGCAAGCAGCAGGACAUGGCCAACGAGCCAAUCUCACAAAGCUACAUAGUGGAACUCUCUGUGGUGGCGCCCACGGGGCAGGAGAAUGUCGGCGAGGAAAUGCGCGUGUUUGCCGAGCAGCUAAAACCACUCGUGCAGCUCGAGAAGAUCGACUACAAGCGACUGGGCGGCAUGCCGUAGUUUAUAAUAAAAGUGCACAUCGUAUUUA